AUGGAGGAGAAACUGAUCCAGUACUGCCACUCCAAGGGCAUCACCAUUACAGCCUACAGCCCCCUGGGCUCUCCGGAUAGACCUUGGGUCAAGCCAGAGGACCCUUCCCUGCUGGAGGAUCCCAAGAUUAAGGAGAUUGCUGCAAAACACAAAAAAACCACAGCCCAGGUUCUGAUCCGUUUCCAUAUCCAGAGGAAUGUGAUUGUGAUCCCCAAGUCUGUGACACCGGCACGCAUUGUUGAGAACAUUCAGGUCUUUGACUUUAAAUUGAGUGAUGAGGAGAUGGCAACUAUCCUCAGCUUCAACAGAAACUGGAGGGCCUGUAACGUGUUGCAAUCCUGUCAUUUGGAGGAGUAUCCCUUCAAUGCAGAAUAUUGA